UGCAGGCGGCCCCUUCCCCUUCCUUCCCCUCGGUUUCCUUGCGCAGGCUGCGCCGCCGAGCAGGGACGGUGGCGGGCGGGGAUGGAGAGGUGGCCCGGCGCUGGUGAUUCAGUGCCGGUGUCGGUAGCGCAGCCCGUCCCCGCCGGCGGCGGCAGCGGCGGCGGCGGAGUGAGCGCGCGCACGUGACGCCGGCCCCGGCUCCUCGGUGCCGCCACAAACAGCCGCGCACACACCGGCACGGAGACAGACCCACGGACACGGGCAGACACACGCGUCCGCCCCCGCUCCACCAUCCAGCCGCCUCCGCGCUCAGCCCUCUCGCAGGCACCGCCGGGGCGAAGCUGUCGGCACACUCCGGCGGCGGCACCGGCAGCGAUCGCGCAAGAGGCAAGAGUUUGUGAGGGCUGCUGCCUGUCUUCCCGAAGAGGUUUUGCGCCCAGAGGAUGGCCGGCUGCGGGCUGUCGGAAGACGCUUGCUUCUCCUCCGCCUUCUUUUACAACUACACCUCCUCCUGGGAGACCUCCUACAACCAGUGUGCUGCUUUGGUUGGCGAAGACCAGCCUCUUUGCCCAGAUCUCCCAGAACUUGACCUCUCCGAACUAGAUGUGAACGACCUGGAUGCGGACAGCUUUCUGGGGGGACUCAAGUGGUACAGCGACCAGUCAGAGAUCAUCUCCAAUCAGUACAGCAAUGAACCUGCCAAUAUAUUUGAGAAGAUAGAUGAAGAGAGCGAGGCAAACUUGCUAGCCGUUCUCACUGAAACACUGGACAGCAUCCCUGUGGAUGAGGAUGGAUUGCCUUCCUUUGAUGCACUGACAGAUGGAGAUGUGACCAACGAAAAUGCCGCUAGCCCUUCCCCAAUGCCCGACGGCACCCCUCCAACUCAGGAGGCAGAAGAGCCGUCUCUACUUAAGAAGCUCUUGCUGGCUCCAGCCAACACUCAGCUAAAUUACAAUGAAUGCAGUGGUCUCAGCACACAAAACCAUGCAAACACUAAUCACAGGAUCAGAACAAGCCCUGUGGUUGUUAAGACUGAGAAUUCAUGGAGCAAUAAAGCGAAGAGCAUUUGUCAACAGCAAAAGCCUCAAAGACGUCCCUGCUCUGAACUUCUCAAAUAUCUGACUACGAAUGAUGACCCUCCUCAGACCAAACCAGCAGAGAACAGGAACAGCAGCAAAGAGAAAUGCACCUCCAAAAGGAAGCCCCAUCUGCAGUCUCAGACAAAUCAUCUGCAAGCCAAACCAACAAGUUUAUCACUUCCAUUGACGCCCGAGUCACCAAAUGAUCCCAAGGGUUCCCCAUUUGAGAACAAGACUAUUGAACAAACCUUAAGUGUGGAACUCUCUGGAACUGCAGGCCUAACUCCACCUACGACCCCUCCUCAUAAAGCCAACCAGGAUAAUCCUUUUAGGACUUCACCUAAACUGAAGUCAUCAUGCAAGACUGUUGUACCACCUUCAAAAAAGCCCCGCUAUAGUGAGUCUUCUGGUUCUCAAGGAAAUAACCCAAUCAAGAAGGGUCCAGAACAGUCUGAGCUGUACGCACAGCUUAGCAAGACUACAGUACUGUCCAAUGGACAUGAGGAGAGAAAGACAAAACGGCCCAGUUUGCGGCUGUUUGGUGACCAUGACUACUGUCAAUCUGUGAAUUCGAAAUCGGAAGUACACAUUAAAAUAUCCCAGGAACUUCAGGACUCCAGACAACUAGAAUUUAAGGAUUCUUCACCUGGGUGGCAGUGUCAGAUUUGUUCUUCUUUAGAACAAGACCAGUAUUUCAAGAAAGAGACUUUACAGACAAGUAAGCAGGGAUCCCUCGGUAAUAACAGAAAACAGCUCCAAGACCAGGAAAUUCGGGCUGAACUGAAUAAGCAUUUUGGUCACCCCAGCCAAGCUGUUUUUGAUGAAGAAGCAGAUAAGACCAGAGAACUAAGGGACAGUGAUUACAGUAAUGAACAAUUCUCCAAACUACCUAUGUUUAUAAAUUCAGGACUAGCAAUGGAUGGUCUCUUUGAUGACAGUGAAGAUGAAAGUGAUAAACUAUGCUACCCUUGGGAUGGGACACAAGCCUAUUCAUUAUUUGACGUAUCGCCUUCUUGCUCUUCUUUUAACUCUCCAUGCAGAGAUUCAGUGUCUCCACCCAAAUCCUUAUUUUCUCAAAGAUCCCAAAGGACACGCUCUAGAUCAGGGUCCUUUCCUCAACGCAGGUCUUGCUCCCGUUCUCCAUAUUCCCGAUCGAGAUCAAGGUCGCCCUGUAGUAGAUCCUCUUCAAGAUCUUGUUGCUAUUAUGAGUCCAGCCACUGUAGACACCGAGCAUACAGAAGUUCUCCCUUACGUGCAAGAUCGCGAUCCAGAUCACCGUACAGUCGCAGACCCAGAUAUGACAGCUAUGAGGAAUAUCAGCAUGAAAGAUUGAAGAGGGAAGAAUACCGCAAAGAGUAUGAAAAACGGGAAUCUGAAAGGGCCAAACAAAGGGAGAGACAGAGGCAGAAAGCAAUUGAAGAACGUCGUGUGAUUUAUCUGGGUAAAAUCAGACCUGACACAACCCGAACAGAACUGAGGGACCGGUUUGAAGUUUUUGGUGAAAUUGAGGAGUGCACAGUAAAUUUGCGGGAUGAUGGAGACAGCUAUGGUUUCAUCACCUACCGCUAUACUUGUGACGCCUUUGCUGCUCUUGAAAAUGGAUACACUUUACGCAGGUCAAAUGAACCUGACUUUGAGCUGUACUUCUGUGGACGCAAGCAAUUUUGCAAGUCUAACUAUGCAGACCUAGAUUCAAACUCAGAUGAUUUUGAUCCUGCUUCCACUAAAAGCAAAUAUGACUCCAUGGAUUUUGAUAGUUUACUUAAAGAGGCACAGCGGAGCCUGCGCAGGUAACAUGCAUUGCACCUGAGGAAAACAGAGGGAUGGCGAAUACCUCACGGACAUCACGUCCUUCAAUAAUGGACAAGUAAAAAGUCAUGCUUAGGAAUUUCUCCUACUUUACACUCUCUGUUCAAAACCAUGGUUUACAUGAACACAGCUGCUCGACGAGUGGAGAGGCGGGAUGGCUGUCCAGUAAGCACAUGCGUGUCCAUGGGUGUCAGCUUUGCUUUCGCGGGUGAUCGGUGGCGGGGGAGCCGGGCGUUCCUUGCGAGUUCGAUGCAAACCACGAGACAUGGCAGCAGUUCCACAGAGAUACACAUACAACGAAGAACUGCAAAAUCUGUACAUACUGCAUUUUAACAAAAAAAGAACAAAAACAAACAAAAAAAAAAAUUUGAGAACUAUGGCUGCUGAUGUCUGGGAAUCAGACACUGCAUUAUUAUUUUUUUUAAAUGAAGCUUCUUCUCACAACACAGUGAUAAUAUGACAAUCCAGAAGAAACCACAGGUCCCAGAAGCCUCCAAUCUGUUUUAGCUUUGUUUCAAGUUGUUUAUUUUCUUUGUUUUGGUUUGGGGUUUUUUUUGUGUUUUGGUUUUUUUUUUUUUUUAAUCCUUGCAGAAGAGAAAAUGAAAGGCUCAAGCUUCCCUAACGUUUUGAAGUUUCAUUUUUUAAUUCUGACACCCAUGUAAAUGUCUACAACGUUGAUCUUCCACAGCAAAAUUUUCAAAGCCUUGUUAAUGGUCAAAUGUGCAGCUUGUUCAGCAAUUUAUUCUAAUGAGCGGACGUGGUGUUACAUUAUUAAUGAGAGUUGGAUAUAACUAUCUGGGUGUGUGCACAGAUAGUUUAUUUGCUACAUUCUCUAAAGUAGUUGAGUAUUUACAAAUGUUAGAUGGAGUAUUUUUAUUUAUGUACAUACUGUAUGACGAUGUUCUUUUUUGUUACAGCUAUGCACUGUAAAUGCAGCCUUCUUUUCAAAAACUGCUGAAUUUUUCUUAAUCAAGAGUACUCAAAUGUAAUUAUAUGAGGUGAAACAAUUAUUGUACACUAACAUAUGUAGAAAGCUGAACUUACGCUUAUAUAUAUUUGAUUGUAAAAAAAAAGAGAAGAGCGUGUGGGUGAGGGCGUGCGUGUGUAUAUGUGUGCGCGCGUGUGUCUGAGUGCAAAGACGCUUUACACACAUUCAUCCCUUCUUUGGUGAGCUUAUAUAAGAAUUUUGUCAAGAAUUAUCCUAGCCCAAAAGGUAUUAACCACUUCUGCAGUAUUUUUCCACAUUUUUCUCAUUGCUUGAUUUUCUUUUGCAGUUUUAUACACUGAAUUUGUUAGGGGAAUGAAAUUUUCUCAUCUAAAUUUUUCUAGGAGAUAUCAUAAUUUUAUGUAAAGUCUCUCAAAUGGGUAAUCAUUAAGAAAUGUUUUUAUUUUAUGUAUCAACAGUAGUUUUGGAACUAGAGGUCAAAAAUCUUUUUAAAAUGCUAUUUUGUUUUAAUUUUUGUGAUUUUAAUUUGAUAAAAAUAUGCUGAGGUACUAAGUACAGUAUGAUUUUUACAGUAAUUCUGUGUCUAAACACUGUUCUUGAAGCCAGUAAUCUUUUCAUUGGCAGAGUUUAAUGAUGGUAUUUAUCUAUAUUUUUUACAGUUAUGCAUCCUGUAUAAAUACCGAUCCUUCAUUCCUUUGUUUACUAAAGAGACAUAUUUAUCAGUUACAAUUAUCCUAUUUAUUAUAAAUUAUGAGAUGACUAAAAUAAUAAAAAGGCCAGUGGAAAUUUUAUACCGAGGAUGCAUGACGGUUGUCCUUUUGGAGUAAGUGCUUCGUUUGGAAAUUCAGCUUUUGCAGAAGCAGUGGGUUGUUUGGGGUUUUUUUCUUUUUUUUUUUUUUUUUUUUUUUUUUUUACUAUGCACUAGCAUGGCCUCAGAUGUGCCCAUGACAUUGUUGCUGAUGACAUUGCUUCUGCUAAAUUAAAUAGAAACUUCAGGAAAGAAAAAAACCACAAGAGUAAACUACUGCUAUUCUGAGCAUCGGAAUUUCAUCUGAACUCGGAGUCUCUAGUCUGAAUCAGCAAAGUUUGGAAUUUGCUUGCGAAUGUAUAGAUUUGGUAUUCUAUUACUGUUUGGCAUUCAUGACGCCUCUUAAAGGUAUGGCACACCUAACUAUUUAAUCUCCUUUCCCACUCCCAAUCUUAGAAAACCGAUUCCACCCCCAUGCCAGUGCAGUUGAUUUUGAUGGCUGCAUUCAUUUUAUCACCAGCAUAUUGUGUUCUGAGAGAUUCCACUGUCUGUCCUGUCGGAUGCUUGCUUGACUUUUUGGCUUCUUAUUUCUCAGUAGAUAGAUAGCAAUAAAAAAAAAAAAAAAAGGAAAAGAACUUUUUCGGAGGUUCUGUGUUACAACUGUAACAUUCUUUAAUCUGCAUAAUUCUUGUUGUUGCUCUGUAGGUUAAAAAUGCAGGUAUUUUAACUUUGUGUGAAUGCCAAACUAAAAGUUUACAAUUUUCCUUUCUGGAUUUUGAGUAUCUUCUGUUGUAAAGAAAAAUAUUAAAAGCAAUAAAUUAUUUUUAAGAAAUCAAUAUUUAGUAUAUCAUAUUAUGUGUUCAAGGACCAGAUGCAUUACCUAAUUUGCCUUUAAAUUUCUGUGAUUAAAUUUUAAAUACAUUCUCUUUUGCCCUAGAUUGCUGACAUGAAUAAAUUGGUGUGGGGUUUGGGGGGGGGAUUAUUUAUUUUUCACCAAGCAGGCAUAAUGACAUGAGUCAAUUUUUAUUUUUUUUUCACUGGCCUGGCAAACAUUCUCAUCUUGAAGAUGGCUUUCCUCUGUGGAUUUACAAAUUACAUAUGAAAUUAAUCGAGCUAGGAUUGCUGAAUAAAGCUAUUUGUAUCCUUUGUAGACACUGUAGUAGCUAACCCAUCAAAAUAUGAACUUGGCGUUUCCUUUUCUUUUUUUCUCCCCCAAGAACAUUUCAAAUUAGCACAUGUACCACAUUGUCACCGGAGGCAAAUUGCAGCAUAGCUCUGUGUGUCUUUUAGAUGAAGAUUGUACUGUUGCUUUCACGCUGUGGUAAGUACCACAUCCACGAUACAGGUAACAGAACUGGUACUUAGAAACUACGGUCUUUCCUAGAGCUGUAACAAAGUAAUUCCUACGGAACGUAAAAUGCUCCAAAUCCAAACAGAGGGAGCCUAAAAUUGAAGAAAAAUAUCUGUGUGAAACGACUCUGAAAAGCAGUUGGGCUGCCAUCGCCAAGAGCAGCGCUGAGAGGAAAGUUUGUGCCUCUGGGGUAUGAUACUUGGGUCAGUUGAAAAAAAAAAAACCAACCA